AUGACUUCGACGGCCACCAUUAAGGCCUUCCCUCUCCCACCGGCCUUCACCGCGGCGGAUCUCUAUUCAAUUGAUGAGGCUUCAGACGGCAGCGCAGAUGCAAUGAGCAAUGAGCACGGGUCACGCACGGGUCGAACGACAAGGGCGGCGAGUCAAUCGUCGGUGCAGCAUCCAGUAUAUCCAGGUCCCCAAAACGCAUCAAGGUUCCAGGAUAGAUCUCUGGAAAACUUCCACGCGACAUUGAAGCGGCCCAAGAAGCUGGCAGGCACAUCUGGAAAUCCCAGUAGCAGCGGUGGUGGUGUCGGCAGCGGCAGCGGCGGUAACAGCAACUUCACACCGCCGACAUCUCCCACAGCUAUUGCUCAUGAAGGAAUCGCGGGUCCGAGGAGACGGGCGGCGUCAACAGGGAACAGGAUGAACUUGAGCACGUUGGAGACAAGCAGCUGGGUACGCGAAAGCGUCUACCUGUCGUCCCCAAUUCGUACGGCGUUCAGGCCCGACAGGCGGCCCGGUGAGGUCUUCGGUCUCUUGCCUGGCGAGGUCCUCGACUUGGUCCUCCAGGCAUUGAGGGGCCUACACUUGGAUAAGAAUAGCGACAGCUGUGCGACAUGCAUGAUGCGCGAUCUAUGCAGCGCCGCUCUUUGCAGCAAGAGAUGGUACAAGCACGCCCGCGCGGCCUUAUACGAAGACAUCCAAUUGGUAGGCGCAGACUCAGCUGCGCACAAGAAGAAGUUUAAGCAAAACCAAGGCAGCCGUAUGGCCAUGCUACGACGGACUCUACGCUCCAACCCAGACAUCGCCGCCUUGGUACGCUCGUUAAAAGUCCCACAUCCGGAACCGCCGUUGAAUUGGUCCGUCUCCAAGGGCAUGCAGUGGCUGGAGCAAUAUGAAGACCGAGUAGCCACGCUGAUCAUGGCUUGUCCGAAGCUGGAGAGGCUGUCGGGCCCAACGCCAAACUACGACCACUCGUUCAAGAAGAUAUUCCAUGCGCUGUCGACAAGGAGGGCGCUGAAGGACAUGGCUUGGGUUUUGGAACCUGCACCCGCGCCACAGGGGCAGCGUACGGACUCUCCAUCGAAACAACGGGUGCAAAGCGGACCAUCCAUGCUGGAGCCAUAUCAAGGAGACGCAUUCUUGGGUAGCCAUCGAAACUGGUCCUCUUUGACCAAGCUGUCGAUACUCUGCCAACCCGGCGCCACACUGGCUCCUCAUAGACUCCUAUCGAGAACAUUGACCUUCCUCCCUAAGCUCCAACACCUCCAUCUCUGCAAUCUCCCUCCCAACGCAUUCAACGAUAACAACCUCCUCUCCCUGCCGCCCCUCAAGACCCUGAUUCUGUCCCGCAUCGUCGGCAUCACGUCCAACGGUCUUACCGCGUUCGCCACCCGUAGCAACACGUCGCAUCUGAAGCAUCUCGAGCUCCGAAACACGCCUCUCACGUCCCUCCCAGCCCUCGCCCGCAUCUUCUCCUACCUCCCGGCGCUCAAAUCCUUUUCUCUCGCACAGUCCUUCCCCCCAGUGAUGCCCGAGACCGACUCCUUUGCGCUCUGGAUGAUGCCCUAUCUCGCCUCAUCCACCAUCGUCAAGCUCCACUGGGACAUCACCAGCCAUCCCGCCACCACAAGCACCGCAGACGACAUCCUCGCCCGCAGCAUCGAAGCCGGGGGGUUCCCUUGUCUCACCACGCUCCGAACCCCCAACGACCCCGAAGGCCGCUUCCAGGCCCUCUGCCGCCCCGUCGAGCAAAUCUGCCUCCCCAGCGACCGCUUCUUCCGCCAGCACGGCAUCGGCGGCAUCCCGGCCUCCGGAUCCUUCAGCGCGCCCUCGUCGCCAAUCUCCCCCAUCCACAAAUCCGCAACGACAAUGUCUCUCCCGUCAACCAUCUACUCGCCCGCCUCGCCAGGCACCGACCUCCAAAAGGCUCGUCUGGCUGCCCAAGCCCGCCUCGAGGCCGCACACGACACCCCGCGCUUCACCUUUAACGUCACCGACGACGACGGACUGGUCAACCAGACAAUCGGGGUCGUUGGUUUCGUCGGCACCCUCGGCAGCAAGAUAUCAUAUCACCUGCUGCCUGACGAGGGAGCCACAGACGAGCAGGGCGGCCUCGUCGACGUGGUUGAUCUCGUGGGAGAUGGCGGGGAGGCACUCUCCGGCGGAAGAGAAGGAUGCACAGGGCGCUGGAAUCAGAAAGAAGGCGAGGUGGCUGACAAGAAGGAGAAGGAGAAGUGGUGGCACACCGAGAGAGGAAGAUGGCGACGGAUCGAAGCAGCGUGA